AUGGAACCUGCAAGCUCUUUCCUGACUCUGGAGUCUUUGCAUUUCCCAUCUGCUGAGCAGUCCAUCUCUCAGACCCUGUCUGCCUUGCGCCGGUCAGCCUUAUCCGUCGCUAACCGGCUCCAAUCCAUUGAGGCCGACGCUGCCUUCGCUCAAGAGGUGGCAGAGUACUAUGACCUUCCACUAGUAGCCAAUGAGCGCUGUGGAAGCUGGUAUAUUCCUCCCACCACCAAGGUGGGCAGCGCAUAUUUCAAGAGCACGGACGGUCAUACAGGCCAGUGGGAUUUUAGUUUUCGGCGACUGAACCUCCAGCUACUCCCGUUGGCCAAAAAAUAUGGUGGAUGCGUAAUCGUUGAUUCGACCCGGCGGGGCAAAUUGAUGCCGGAUGCCUUAUCCAAGACUAUACCGAUAUGGUGCGCCGUACUCAACCGAGCCCUGUUUCCCUCGGAAACCGACUAUCACGAGGUCCACCUUCCCCCAAACUACCUGGGGCGAUCGGAGGAAGCCCAGAUCGAGGCUCGUAUCGACGGAUUCGUCACAUCGCUGAAGAGAGCAGAUCGGGUGCCCUAUACGGGUGGCCUGGGCGAAUCGAGAUUAUUACCACCCUCGGAUCUCGAGAAAGGCAGUGGAUACUGCCUGUUCGUACUGUGCUCAGCCUCGAGGCGCGUGCAUGGUGCUGAGAUGUCAGAGGGUGGGUACAUCCAGGGUGCUGGCGAUGACAGUGAGGCUUGGGCUCAUGGGCUUACGCCUCCAGUGUUCUGGGCGAAUCAGGCUCUUCUUAAGCAGACCUCUGAGGAAGGUCUGCCGAGACUUAUCGAGGAGUUAGUGGCUCAGUAUCAGCGAGAGACUUCUGUUCAAUCAGCGUCUUUGAUCUCUCCUACCAAGAAUCUAUACAUCAGUAUCACGGGAGAGACGGAGAGCAAUCGAUAUGAUUUGGUCAUUGAUUGCCAUGGAGACCCUGUUGCUUCAGAAGGUAGUGACAAACGGCUGAACCUGGGAUUGGCAUCAGGUAAACUGGGCAGUCGAGAUCUGCGGAAGGCUUUGGAUAAAGUGCGGGACUUUGUUAGUACGCGACUUGGGGCAACUGAUCCUUCACAGUCGUUAUUGGUGACCUGUGAAACGGGCAAAGAUCUUUCUGCGGGAACGUUGCUCGCGAUUAUCUGCUUAUUCUACGAUGAGCAGGGAGAAUUUGACGUCUCUCAGAGCAAUCGCUCAAUUGGCAAGCAAUACAUCCGACAGCGCCUCGCAUGGAUCGUCUCCUCCAAGCAUGACGUAAACCCAUCUCGCUCGACACUGCAGUCGGUAAAUGCCUUUUUGAUGUGA